UGCCGACGGGAAUCUUGUUUUUCAAACGGUUCUUUCGCUUUUAAUUUCUCGUUUAUCAACAUGGUGCCAUUGCUUCUAACUUCCCUGUUGUGUCGCAUAAUCGUCGUCAGAAAAGGUGAGAAUCCACUGCUUGUCACGCCGUUUCCAGCCGGUACCUGUUCUUACUGCUGUCCGAUCGACGUUGAUCGAGAUAUAGAGUACCUGCUUUUCACCAGGAGGAAUCCAACUUGCGGGACAACGUUGAAUAUUUCAGACCCGUAUUCCUUGCGGAAGAGUUAUUUCAACGACAGAUAUCCAACAGUAAUUUUCAUUCACGGAUACAGCGAGAGUGCAACGUCAGGAAGUGCCACGGCAAUAAGAGACGUUUAUCUGAAACGAGGCGAGUACAAUCUAAUCCUGGUGAACUGGGCCAAGCUAGCCGGGCUGCCAUGGUACGUGACAGCGGUUCGAAACACGAGAACAGUCGGACCUCAGGUCGCCCGUCUGGUGAACUGGCUGGACGCUCAGGGGGCUGUGUCCCUGGCCAACUUGCACGUAAUUGGUUUCAGCUUGGGGGCUGAGAUCGCCGGUUUCAUGGGGAAAGCUCUUGCGCCGCGAAAGAUUGGAAGGAUCACGGGAUUGGACGCGGCCUAUCCCCUUUACAUGAACACGGGCAAGAAUGGACAUCUGACGAGGAGCGACGCGAUGUUCGUAGACGUGAUUCACACCGACGGUGGGAAUUUUGGUUUUCUGAGUCCUUUGGGACACGCGGACUUUUAUCCAAACGGUGGCACACCUGUUCAACCUGGGUGCAAUUUGGAGAGCGUGAUCCAGAGAAGCAUGUCGAGGCUCGUCAACCAGUACAUCGUCUGCGGGCAUAACAGAGCCUGGAUGUUGUACGCCGAAUCUGUGACAAAUCCUUUCGGAUUCUCCGCAAGUCGAUGUCCAAAAUGGCAUCCCAGCAUCCACGUAGCUUGCACGUGGACGCCUGAUGUCUUCAUGGGAUUUGCCGCGAAUUCUAGAGUCAGAGGGCAAUUUUAUCUAAGAACGAACGCGCAAGCACCUUUCGCGAGGAACACGACUGGAUACAUAGGGAAAUGAUAGAAGUUUGGAUGAACCAGACGAACAGACCUGAACUCUUUGAAUAAAACUCAUAGAGAAACGAGAGACGCGAGAAUUUCAAGCAGCUAAUUACUGGAUGAAAUUAAAGAAACUGUAAGGUUCAGUGUGAUUUCUCAUAAGUCUGAUUUUCUCAACUACUGUAGAAAUGACGAGAAAUAUUAUGGAAUAAUUUCUUUUCCUUUCUGCGAAAGGAACAAUAUUAUGAAAAAAUGGCCUGCAAAAAUGGCAAGAGACGUUAUACAAACAAAUCAAAUACAGUAAAAUUCGAAUGAAAAAGAAAUUAAAAAUUCAACUGCACUAGAAAUGAAAGAUGUACGAAGAUCGGAGAAGAAAGAAAGAAAUGGAAGUACCAAAAAAUCAGAGCACAGUCGAAUUAUUUACAGUGACAAAUGAAGUUUAGAAAUUAAAUUUUGUAAUAAUUCCUGCAAUUCUUCAAUACUCGCCAAUAUCAGUUAUAUUAAGAAAUUAUUUCACGAGAGAAUUCAAGAAAAUGAUAAAAGUAUUCUUACAAAAGUUAACCACAGAAAGAAAUAAAAAACACUGAUAGAUAUGUAGAUAUAUAGAAGAAGAAUGGUGAAGAAU